GGCAGCCCGAGGGGGCGGUUGCGUGCGGACGAGGCGGCAGUGGCCUGGUGAGGUUACAGACGCCGGCUCUCCGGGAUCCGAGCCCGCCUAGCCCACCCGGCCUCUUCUCCCCCUUGCGCUUCCGGGAGCCGUCGCGAGCGAGUGCGCCUGCGCGCCGGCCACUUCGUGAGCCUCGCCGCUGUCCUCGCGCCGGCCGGCUGCCCGACGGUUCCUGCCGCUCUUCCCGCCCGGCGUCUAGGCUCCGCCGCAUACACAACGUGGGGCAUGUCACGGCGGCGGCACAGCGACGAGAACGAUGGGGGACAGCCUCACAAAAGGAGAAAGACCUCUGAUGCAAACGAAACUGAAGAUCAUUUGGAAUCUUUAAUAUGCAAAGUUGGAGAAAAGAGUGCCUGCUCUUUGGAGAGCAACCUAGAAGGCUUGGCUGGUGUUUUGGAAGCAGAUCUUCCUAACUACAAGAGCAAGAUCUUAAGGCUUCUCUGUACAGUUGCACGUCUGUUACCUGAGAAGUUGACAAUUUAUACAACACUAGUUGGACUGCUGAAUGCCAGGAAUUACAACUUUGGUGGCGAAUUUGUAGAAGCCAUGAUUCGUCAACUUAAAGAAUCGUUGAAAGCAAACAAUUAUAAUGAAGCUGUAUAUCUGGUCCGUUUUUUAUCUGAUCUUGUGAAUUGUCAUGUCAUUGCUGCUCCAUCAAUGGUUGCUAUGUUUGAAAAUUUUGUAAGUGUUACUCAGGAAGAAGAUGUGCCUCAGGUGCGGCGGGAUUGGUACGUGUAUGCCUUUCUGUCGUCCUUACCCUGGGUUGGAAAGGAGUUGUAUGAAAAGAAAGAUGCCGAGAUGGACCGCAUCUUUGCCAACACUGAAAGCUAUCUCAAAAGACGCCAAAAGACUCAUGUGCCCAUGUUACAGGUAUGGACUGCUGAGAAACCACAUCCACAAGAAGAGUAUUUAGAUUGCCUGUGGGCCCAGAUUCAGAAAUUGAAAAAGGAUCGCUGGCAGGAGCGACACAUCCUAAGACCUUAUCUUGCCUUUGACAGCAUUCUGUGUGAAGCACUGCAGCACAACCUGCCUCCUUUCACUCCACCUCCUCACACUGAAGACUCCGCGUACCCGAUGCCAAGGGUCAUCUUCAGGAUGUUUGAUUACACAGACGAUCCUGAGGGUCCUGUAAUGCCAGGAAGUCAUUCAGUGGAAAGAUUUGUCAUAGAAGAGAAUCUUCACUGCAUCAUUAAAUCCCACUGGAAAGAAAGGAAGACUUGUGCUGCACAGCUAGUGAGUUAUCCUGGGAAGAACAAGAUCCCCUUGAACUACCACAUAGUUGAGGUGAUCUUUGCAGAACUGUUUCAGCUUCCAGCACCCCCUCACAUCGAUGUGAUGUACACAACACUUCUCAUUGAACUGUGCAAACUUCAGCCUGGCUCUCUACCCCAAGUUCUUGCACAGGCAACUGAAAUGCUAUACAUGCGUUUGGACACAAUGAAUACUACGUGUGUAGACAGAUUUAUUAAUUGGUUUUCCCAUCAUCUGAGUAACUUCCAAUUCCGCUGGAGCUGGGAAGAUUGGUCAGAUUGUCUCAAUCAAGAUCCAGAAAGUCCCAAACCAAAGUUUGUAAGAGAAGUUCUAGAAAAAUGUAUGAGGUUAUCUUACCAUCAGCGUAUAUUAGAUAUUGUCCCUCCUACCUUCUCCGCUCUGUGUCCUGCAAACCCAACCUGCAUUUACAAGUAUGGAGAUGAAAGUAGCAACUCUCUUCCUGGACAUUCAGUUGCCCUCUGUUUAGCUGUGGCCUUUAAAAGUAAAGCGACCAACGAUGAAAUCUUCAGCAUUCUGAAAGAUGUACCAAAUCCUAACCAGGAUGACGAUGAUGAUGAAGGAUUCAGCUUUAACCCAUUAAAAAUAGAGGUCUUUGUACAGACUCUGCUACACUUAGCAGCCAAGUCAUUCAGCCACUCCUUCAGCGCUCUUGCAAAGUUUCAUGAAGUCUUCAAAACCCUAGCUGAAAGUGAUGAAGGAAAAUUACAUGUUCUAAGAGUCAUGUUUGAGGUCUGGCGGAACCAUCCACAGAUGAUUGCUGUACUAGUAGAUAAGAUGAUUCGUACGCAGAUUGUUGACUGUGCUGCAGUAGCAAACUGGAUCUUCUCUUCAGAACUAUCUCGUGACUUUACCAGAUUGUUUGUUUGGGAAAUCCUGCACUCUACAAUUCGUAAGAUGAACAAACAUGUUCUGAAGAUUCAGAAAGAGCUAGAAGAAGCUAAAGAAAAACUCGCAAGGCAACACAAACGGCGAAGUGAUGAUGACGACAGAAGCAGUGACAGGAAAGAUGGGGCUCUUGAGGAACAAAUAGAAAGACUGCAGGAAAAAGUGGAAUCUGCUCAGAGUGAACAAAAGAAUCUCUUCCUUGUCAUAUUUCAGCGUUUCAUCAUGAUCUUGACUGAGCACUUAGUACGAUGUGAAACUGAUGGGACCAGUGUAUUAACACCGUGGUAUAAGAACUGUAUAGAGCGGCUCCAGCAGAUCUUCCUUCAGCAUCACCAAAUAAUCCAGCAGUACAUGGUGACCCUGGAGAACCUGCUCUUCACGGCUGAGUUAGACCCUCACAUCCUGGCUGUGUUCCAGCAGUUCUGUGCACUGCAGGCCUGAGGGUCGUCCUUUUUUUUUUUUUUUUCUUUUUUCUUCAAGAUUUUGUUUGCAAUCUCAAAAUAAUUUGUCUUAUUUUUGAUGGUUUGAAUGCUUGCUUUCUUGUAGCAUCCUUUCACUUUACUAAAGGAAACAGAGGGGAAGGAAGAUGGUGAAGAAUAUGGUAAUUGCCCCUAAAAAGCAGAUAUUCCCUAAUGACAAUAAUGUGAUGAUGACCAUAGGAUGUAUUAUAUAUGUGACAGAUACAAUUUUUCUCUGAUAUUUUUUCUCCUGAAGGCACAAAAGAUAACUGAUUAGAAAAAGAAGUAUAUGAAACACUAGAGGUCAAACUUACAGAGUAGUGUGUUGAACUGAUGGGCUUAUCAAGUAGCAUAGCUUUUCACAGCUCAUGGAUAACCUAACACAGCUGAAAUAAAACUAAAAGUAUGUUUUUUAA